UGAACGACAGGUAAAGUAGGUCAAAAGUAGUAGGAAAUACCUUGAUAAUGACAUCAAAGAUGGCUGCCGACAAAAUGGUAUUGUUUUUGGACAAAUGUUAAAAAUGAUGUUUUACGAAUGCCACACAUGAUGAUUGAAAACUGACUGAGACUUUCAGUAAAUACAAAUAGAUACAGAAGUAGAAUGGCUGUGAUGGGGAAUUUUGUGUUGACGUUGCUGUUAAAUGUAUUAAUACAAGGUGUACAGACUUCCACAAGAGACAUUUUCAUGGAUUCGCCCACUGCAUGUGGCAAGACGUUUUCUGCUGGGGAUCGGGAAGAGUUCCGUGUAAAACCUCGAGGAACUGUUGGUGUGUCAAACCCUCCAACCAGUUGUGCAGUGUACUUCGAAUCCAGUCAAGCAAGUUCUAACUACAAGUUUGAAAUCGUUGUAGAAGCAGCCUCAUUUCGUGAUUGUGGCUUGCAGCUGCGUCUUUUUGAUGGAAGGAGUACUGGUGGCAGUUAUCUGAGGGUGCUGGGAUGUGGUUCAACAACAUCUACUGCUCAGUUCUAUUCAAAAGAUAGGGCAAUAUCACUCAUGUUGACCAGGACUCAGAACCAGUAUUUCUUUGGAAGUGAUUUCCAGCUCAAGAUCCAACUUUACCGUGACACUGAAGGUAGCGAUGAGUACAUUGGCAUAUACAAAUUCCCGGCUGGAGCUAUCAUAGGCAUUGUACUUGGUGUAAUUGUUAUAAUUGCAGCAGCUAUACUACUUGGAUGGUGUUACAAAAAUGGGAGAUUACCAGGACUUAGUCCAUACGAGUACCCAACUACCACCGUCACAAAAGCUAGUACAGAAAAUUUAUCCAGAUCUGAAGCUCAGCUUGAUGGGGUGGGGUCAAAAAAUGGGGCAUUUGUAGCUUGGCAUAAUACAGAGGGGAAAAAUGUUGAAUCAAGGAGUAAUUUUAACCUUGAAGAUUCACAGAUUUGGGAGUCUUUGACUAGUAUAAAUACAAAUAAUACAAAGAAGGAUAAUUUGAAGCCUGUUGGUAGAGAUAACUGGAAUGGUAGAGGGGCUAACAGGGGCGGGCUUUCACAAAAUGAUAAAAAUCGAAGGGAUAAUAAUACAAAAAGUUUUCAGAGGCUUGAUCCAAACCAGUUGUCUAAUUCCCCAAACACUAGGAUAAGAGGUCGUAAAGAUGGUCAACCAGAUUACGACAAAAAUCAGAAUUACGGUAAUGAUAAAGAUACAUACAACACAAUAAAUGAUUUGGAACGAGAGCCAGUUGAUCGGGCCGGUGAUAGGCUAUUAAAGGGAAAGGGUACUUUUGGUGCUGAUAAUGAAAAAGACAAAAAGCGAACUUCUUCUGGUGUGUUUGUAAAUCCAGAUAAAGAAGGAUAUAUGUAUGAUUACGAACAUGUACAGAAACUGUCUGGUGAUAGUGAAAAUGUCUCUAAACCUAAAACUCAGGAUUUUGCAUCAGAACUUCAAGCUGCUAUAAAACGAGCGAGCUUAAAGAGACAAAAGUCGGAAAAUCAGACAGAUAGUGAUGGCCAGGGUUUAUCAGGGAAAGAAACUCAAAAUGAAUCAUCAGAAUUCAGUAGUAGUGCUGCUUUAAAUAAACAAACUGAUGGUGAAAUGACUGGUCCUGAUGCUCAGUCUUCACCAAAACCAAAGAAAAAGAAGCGGAAGAGUUCAAAGGAGAGAAAAUCUCCAAAACCACAUAGAAAACAUAAGAAAAAGGACAGUAAUGAAAAUGAUGAAUCUCCAGAUUCUAAAUCAAGUAAUGUAAAUGCUGACGGAGAGGAAGAGCCACCGGAGAUUUUUGCUCCAAUAUUCGGAGACGAAGAGGUCCCUGAGACUGCACACCAAUACCAGCCUGGUUACCAAGGCAACUAUCCACCUGCUGCACCAUUUGACCCUAGAUAUCCAAUGGGUCCCUACCAAGCUGGUAUGCCGGGGGUGUAUCCUCCUGGUAUGCCAUACCAGCAAGCUGGUCAAGCACAAUGGUACGUUGAAGCCAAUCCUAAUGGUCAACACAAAAUGGCAUUUGCCAUGACAACACACAGCCAAAGUGAUGACAGCUUGCGGGACAAUCUAGCCCCUAACUACACAUCCACCCCAUACUACCCUACGCAAGGUCCAAGACAAGGCCCUAAUGACAUGUCUAUGGUACCGGCGGGUACAAUUCUAGAUGACCCAAGAUUGCCCGACCCAGGCACGUCUCUUGUAAGAUACGAUGAUGACCCUCUCUCGGGUGUAAAAACAUCACAAGUUGUUUGGACUGAUGCAAGAAAAGAUCCAACAGAUCCACCGCCAGAUUCGAGCUCACAGAUAACUAGAAAAACAAUAACAAGAAUAACAACUAAAGCCACUGAAGAUGAACUUCCAGAUGCCCCAAAUCCUAGUUUACAAGAUAUGUCAUGGAGAACGGCACAAGGGAUCCAGGAAUCAAGGGGCCACGAGCCGCCAUUUAUGUCACCAACAAAAAGUGCUUACCAGGCUAAUGCCAUACAGUAUGCUACAGAGACCCCAGAGAGAUCAAAUGCAGGUUACUAUAUGGGUUCACAUCGCAGUGCACCUCACCAACCAACCUAUUUACCAGCACCAGCUUCUGUUAUACAUGAGGCACCAAAAAUGAACAAUGCAAUACGAGACAGGAUAGUGCUACAUUCAGAAGCAGAAGCCUGAUUGUAAUGCUCACCUUGACCUGAUUUAGUGUCAUAGAGACUUUAAAAGUGAUAAUUCUAGUGCUAGGACUAUCUAGUGCAAGUGUACCUGAAAUCAAGAAAUGCACCUGGAUAUUUCAAGAAAUACUUGUGAAUGAUUCUAGUGUUAGAGCCUGUUUUCUAGUGCAGAAGUACCUAAGUAAAGAAAUGCUCCUGAAUGGUUCUAGUGCAGAAGUACCUAAGUAACGAAAUGCUCCUAAAUGCUUCUAAUGCAGAAGUAAUUAAGUAAAGAAAUGCUCCUGAAUGGUUCUAGUGCUUAGUACAAAGUACUGAAAGUGACAAAAUGCUCCUGAAUGGUUCUAGAACUUAGUACAGAGUACUUAAAAUAAAGAAAUGCCCCUGAAUAGUUCUAGUGCUUAGUACAAAGUACCUUAAUAUUGGAAAUGCUCCUGAAUGGUUCUUGUGCUUAAUACGAAGAACCUAAAGUAAAGAAAUGCUUCAGAGUGAAUUAUAAUGUAGUGCUACAGUACUUUAAAAGCAGGACUAUGUUCAUGAGAUCUCUAUAUUUGGCACUGCUUUGUGAAGGUCAGUAUUACUAACUAACUUACAAGUGGACAUCUUCAUUUGAAACAGGGUCAUUUUGAAUUGUCUACAAGCUUGCUUUUUCACAUAUAAUGUCUCAACAUGAUCAGUGGAAAAAGAACCAUUGGAACAUUUUUUUCGCGACUUCUUUUGUUUAAGAAUACUUGAAUUAUGUAAUUGUUCACUUUGUAUAAAUUGUACAGAAAGUCUACAAAUUUUGUUUGCUAUGCAAAGUAAAAAGCUUCAAGAAUUUAAAAUGCUCUUGUCAAAUCCC